GGAACAUGUCUAUACCUAGAAAUAUAAUUUCCAGUGUCUGUUCACUGUGCGAGUCAGCGGUGUCUUUGAGAGUGACACAACGGGGCCUAAGUGCAGCAGCCCAUUCAGUUAUCCAGACGGACUCCCUGAAAGGCACUCCUCACCGAAAGCAUCCAGGUCUGACAAACCUUAAGACUCUUCACCUCCCAGAGGAGCUGCAGAGAGGGGCAUUGUCCAUCAUUCUUGAAGCAGAGGUGAAUAGGCUUUCUGAGAGAGCACAAAAUCUCACCAACUUCCUCUGGAGCAGGAAGCGUGCAGCUGAAGACACACAACUUAGGGAAAGAGCGAUUGCUCUGGAGAAGGAACUGUUGGAGAAAGAAAAAGCAUCCCAUAAUAUAGAGGGCGGUCGUGGACUGGAAACUCGAAUCAAGAAGCGAGUGUUGUCUGAGCUUAGGAGAAAAACCUACCACUGGACCCCUCUCAGGUAUGAUAAAGAUCUGGGUGUGGUGUACAUGGCUGCUAGACUUGCAGGUGGUUAUGCUGCAGUUAAAAGAGCACUGAAUGAGAUAAAGAAAAGAGAUUCUUCAUUUUGGCCACACUCUCUCUUGGACUUUGGCUCAGGGCUGGGAACGGCAGUCUGGGCAUCACAUGCGCUCUGGGGGGAGUCUUUGAAGGAGUUUGUGUGUGUGGACAGUUCUGGAGCAAUGAACUCCUUAGCAGAACUGCUUCUCAAAGGAGGCAGUGAGAAAAAUGAGCCUCUCAUCAAUCAAGUCUACUUCCGACAGUUUCUCCCCGUUUCCCCAAAGGUGCAGUCAGAUUUAGUGGUGGGAGCUUUCGCAUUGUCUGAGUUAGCCAGUCAAAAGGAACGUGAGGACAUUGUACUGACACUGUGGAGAAAAACCAACGCCUACCUCGUGCUUGUAGAAAACGGGACCAAAGAAGGACACCAGAUUCUCAUGGAGGCCAGAGAGACAGUACUUAAGAAGCAAGACAAGGUGAUCCAUGACCCCAGAAGACCAUCUGUAUUUGCCCCAUGCACUCAUGAGCUUCCAUGUCCCAAAAUGGCCAAGCAGCCAGUAGUGCCAUGCAACUUCCUUCAGCCUUACUGCCCCCUGCCUUUACCCGGGAACCCAGAUAAACAGCAGGAGAAGUUCAGUUACCUGAUUCUAUCCAGGGUGGAACCAGUGAGCAUAGAGGUAGAGAAGAAUGCAGAAAGUGAUGGGUUAGACUGGGCUAGGCUAACUGCACCAGUCCUGCGCAGGGCCAAACAUGUUCACUGCCACAUGUGCUGCUCUGAUGGAGACCUCAAACAUGUUGUGGUCACUGCCCGUCGUCAUGGCAGAGACAUGUACCGCUGUGCCCGGAGAAGCGACUGGGGAGAUCGGCUUCCGAUCCUUCAAACAGGGGACGACGCUCAAACAGACUCAGCGGAUGAGCCAGUGUAA